AUGUAUUUGAUGAAAAAUAACAAAUCGGCUUUAAGAGAAAAAGAUUUUGUAGAUAAAGCAUUAUCUGAUUUGCUAGAAAAAAGAUGCAUUUAUGAGGUACCUUUUGUGCCGCACAAUGUGAGCCCAUUAUCUGUGGCUACAAAUUCAUCUGGUAAAAAACGUCUUAUUUUAGAUUUAAGUGUUUUAAACCUGUACGUUAAAAAAGAAAGGGUUAAGUUUGAGGAUUAUAAGGUUGCGAAGGAGUUUCUCGUACCUCAUGGGUAUAUGUAUAAGUACGACUUGACCAGUGGUUAUCACCACAUCGAUAUAAUAGCCAAUCAGCAUACUUAUCUUGGAUUCUCUUGGCCCGUUAACGGUAGAACACGUUAUAUGGUUUUUUCAGUGCUACCUUUUGGACUUUCCAGUGCCCCUAGAUGUUUUUGUAAGACUUUGCGGCCUUUAGUGAAGUUCUGGCGUUCCCAUGGUUUAAGAACACUCCUUUUUCUCGAUGAUGGUUUCGGGAUUAAUGCCUCUUUUGAAUUAACGCUUAGAGACUCGAACUUUGUUCAGCAAACACUUGAUAAUGCAGGUUUUGUUAUAAACAUUGAAAAAUCCAUUUUCAUACCUACCCAGAUUCUAGAAUGGCUAGGAUACAUUUGGAAUCUGCAGUCCGGCUGUUUUAUUAUACCUGAUAGGCGCAGGGAUAGUGCUAUAGACUGUUUAAAAGAUAUUUUUUCAAAAUAUCCUACAGUUACACCAAGGCAUUUGGCUAAGUUUGCAGGAAAAGUUUUAUCAAUGGCUCCUGUUUUAGGCAAUGUGUGUUUUCUUAAAACUAAGAGUUUUUAUAGAAUCAUAGAAUCGCGUUGUCACUGGGAUUCUGCUUUGAACAUUUCACAAUGUUUACAUUGCUUACAUUUCUGGGAUCGAGUACUCUCGGGUGUAUUAAGCAAGCCACUUUUUACCGAGGUUUUACCGGCCAAGGCAGUGUAUUCGGAUGCUUCGGCUUCCGCAGGGGCAGGUUAUAUUGAAUGCGACCAUUCUAUAGCACACAGACCCUGGAAUUUUUUUGAACAAGCUCAGAGCUCGACUUUUAGGGAGAUGUUAGCUAUCAAUUACUGUUUACUUAGCUUUUCGUCUAAAUUAGCAGGUAGAAGAGUAUUGUGGCAUACAGAUAGCAAAAACUGUGUUUCUAUAAUAGAAAAGGGUAGUAUGAAUAGUAAUUUACAUGAUAUGGCGGAAAACAUAUUUACUAUUUGUGCAAGAAAUUGUAUUUCUCUAGAAAUGAAAUGGAUAAGCAGAGAUUUGAAUUUAGAGGCUGACAGGUAUAGUAGAAUUGUUGAUCUUGAUGACUACGGGGUUAGCGCAGAAUUUUUUGACUUUUUAGAAAGCAUGUAUGGACCGCACGAUAUAGAUAGGUUUGCAAACGAAUACAGUUGCAAAGUUUCUCGUUAUAAUUCCUUAUUUUGGACACCUAGUACAGAGGCUGUCGAUGCCUUUACUCAAGAUUGGGGAAAUGAUAACAAUUGGUGUGUUCCACCGGUCUCAUUAGCCCCACGGGCUUUAAAUCAUAUAUUCUGUUGCAAGGGUACUGGGACGUUUGUGUUACCUUUUUGGCCGUCUAGUCCAUUUUUUCCACUUAUUUUUGGAGAAAAUUCUAUUUUGAAGCCUUAUAUACAGGAAAUUCUACUUUUUCACGAGCCUUCCAGAAUUUAUGUUCAGGGAAACAAUAAGGAGUCUAUAUUCGGUUCCUCCAGCUUCAAUAGUAAAGUCCUUGUUGUACGAAUUGUAUUUAUGGAGAAUCGUUUUGAAUUUAAUGUUUAA